AUGAGUGGCAUUUGCGGUGUCGGCAGCGCUCCUGAUGACAACGUGCUGUUCACACUGGCACUUGUUGCAGCAAAACGUUUGUCUUUCAGGGGCAGCAAGGGGCACUACCGAUAUCACUGGCAGAGUCACAAUGUCAAGCACAGCGGAGUGGAUGAUAUGGUCCUUCUCUCCAAAAUCACAGAGGAUUCCAUAGUGGAGAAUCUAAAGAAACGAUAUAUGGAUGAUUACAUCUUUACAUAUAUUGGAUCUGUGUUAAUCUCCGUGAAUCCUUUCAAACAGAUGCCAUACUUUGGAGAAAAGGAAAUUGAAAUGUACCAGGGAGCUGCUCAGUAUGAAAAUCCACCACAUAUCUAUGCUCUAGCGGACAACAUGUACAGAAACAUGAUUAUUGACAGAGAAAACCAGUGUGUCAUUAUCAGUGGUGAAAGCGGUGCUGGAAAGACUGUAGCUGCUAAAUAUAUAAUGAGUUACAUCUCUAAAAUAUCGGGAGGUGGCCCCAAGGUACAGCAUGUGAAGGACAUUAUUCUGCAGUCAAACCCUUUACUGGAAGCCUUUGGGAAUGCGAAGACUGUACGGAACAAUAACUCCAGCAGAUUUGGGAAAUACUUUGAAAUCCAGUUUAGCCCAGGUGGGGAGCCUGAUGGUGGAAAGAUCUCCAACUUUCUCCUGGAAAAGUCUCGGGUGGUAAUGAGGAAUCCUGGAGAGAGGAGUUUUCACAUUUUUUACCAGCUUAUUGAAGGUGCCUCCUCAGAGCAAAAACACAGCCUGGGCAUUACCAGUAUGGAUUACUAUUACUAUCUGAGCCUCUCUGGAUCCUACAAAGUAGAUGACAUAAAUGACAAAUCUGAUUUUCAGGAAACUCUGCAUGCAAUGAAUGUGAUUGGCAUCUUUGCAGAGGAGCAGACAUUGGUACUACAGAUCGUGGCAGGAGUGCUGCACUUGGGAAACAUCAGCUUUAAAGAAGUUGGCAACUAUGCUGCAGUGGAGAGUGAGGAGUUUUUGGCUUUCCCUGCUUUCCUCCUGGGAAUUAACCAAAGCCGCCUGAAAGAGAAACUGACCAGCAGGCAGAUGGACAGUAAGUGGGGAGGCAAAUCAGAGUCCAUUAAUGUGACGCUUAAUGUGGAACAGGCCUGCUACACCAGAGAUGCUCUAGCCAAAGCCCUUCAUGCCCGCAUCUUUGACUACCUGGUGGAUUCCAUUAAUAAGGCUAUGGAGAAGGACUAUGAAGAGUAUAACAUUGGUGUCUUAGACAUUUAUGGCUUUGAAAUAUUCCAGAAAAAUGGUUUUGAACAGUUCUGCAUCAACUUUGUUAAUGAAAAACUGCAGCAGAUUUUUAUUGAACUGACACUGAAGGCAGAACAGGAAGAAUAUGUGCAAGAAGGAAUUAGGUGGACACCUAUAGAAUAUUUCAACAACAAAAUAGUAUGUGACCUCAUUGAGAAUAAAGUGAAUCCCCCAGGAAUUAUGAGCAUUCUGGAUGAUGUGUGUGCCACAAUGCAUGCAGUGGGAGAGGGAGCUGACCAGACGCUGCUCCAGAAACUCCAGAUGCAGAUUGGGACUCAUGAACAUUUCAACAGCUGGAACCAGGGAUUUAUCAUCCACCAUUAUGCAGGAAAGGUGUCCUAUGAUAUGGAUGGAUUCUGUGAGAGGAAUCGGGAUGUUCUUUUCAUGGACUUGAUUGAACUCAUGCAGAGCAGUGAGCUACCUUUUAUAAAGGCUCUAUUUCCUGAAAACCUCCAAGCAGACAAGAAAGGUCGCCCAACCACUGCUGGCAGUAAAAUUAAGAAACAAGCAAAUGAUCUUGUUGGUACCCUGAUGAAAUGUACACCUCACUAUAUCCGCUGCAUCAAGCCCAAUGAAACAAAGAAGCCUCGAGAUUGGGAGGAGAGCAGGGUAAAGCAUCAAGUGGAAUACCUAGGGCUGAAAGAAAAUAUUCGAGUAAGGAGAGCAGGCUAUGCAUACAGACGGGUAUUCAAAAAGUUUUUGCAGAGAUAUGCCAUUCUGACCAAAGCAACCUGGCCUUCCUGGAAAGGAGAUGAGAAAAAGGGGGUUCUCCACCUGCUCCACUCAGUCAAUAUGGACCCUGAUCAAUACCAGCUUGGGAAAACUAAGAUCUUCAUCAAAGCUCCAGAAUCUCUGUUUUUGCUUGAAGAGAUGAGAGAACGGAAGUAUGAUGGAUAUGCUCGGGCAAUCCAGAAGGCAUGGAGGAAAUACAUGGCCAGGAAGAAGUAUGUACAAAUGAGAGAAGAAGCCUCAGAUCUGUUGCUGAACAAGAAAGAGAGAAGGCGAAACAGCAUCAACAGGAACUUUAUUGGGGACUACAUAGGCAUGGAGGAGCAUCCAGAGUUACGUCAGUUUGUAGGGAAACGGGAGAAGAUUGAUUUUGCAGACACGAUUACUAAAUAUGACCGGCGGUUUAAGGGCGUGAAGCGAGACCUUGUCCUCACCCCAAAGUGCAUAUAUCUGAUUGGGCGUGAAAAGGUGAAGCAGGGGCCAGAAAAAGGCUUGGUGAAGGAGGUGUUAAAGCGGAGGAUUGAGGUGGAAAGAAUUCUUUCUGUUUCCCUAAGCACAAUGCAGGAUGACAUUUUCAUUCUACAUGAGCAGGAAUAUGAUAGUUUGCUUGAAUCGGUCUUCAAAACGGAAUUUUUAAGCCUUUUAUCUAAGCGAUAUGAGGAGAAAACACAAAGAAAACUACCUCUGAAAUUUAGCAAUACACUUGAAGUGAAGCUGAAGAAGGAGAAUUGGGGACCAUGGAGUGCAGGUGGUUCUCGCCAAGUGCAAUUUAUGCAAGGCCAAGAAGAUUUAGCUAUUCUCAAGCCAAGUAACAAGGUGCUGCAGGUCAGCAUUGGACCAGGACUACCAAAGAAUUCCCGCCCCACGAGACGGAACAUUACCCAAAGCCAAGGGUAUUCCCAUAGGACUCAAAGUCAGAAUUACCCCAUGAGGGCUGCUCCACCUCCCCCAGGUCACCAUCAAAAUGGAGUGAUAAAAAGCCCUCAAUUUGUGCCACAUCCCCACACCCCAGCGAACCAACGAGCCAGUCAGAAGAACCUGUAUACAACUAUGGUGCGCCCACCUUUACCACAGCAACUCUCAGCAGGAUCAGACAAGGUUUCACACCAACCAGAAAGUCUGGACUUCCUCAAGGUGCCUGACCAAGGGGCUGCUGGUGUUCGCAGGCAGACCACAAACCGGCCCCCACCAGCUGGAGGAAGACCUAAACCACAGCCAAAACCCAAGCCUCAGGUACCGCAGUGCCGAGCACUGUAUGCAUAUGAUGCUCAGGACACAGAUGAACUUAGUUUUAAUGCCAAUGACAUAAUUGAUAUAAUCAAAGAAGAUCCCUCAGGCUGGUGGACAGGCAGAUUACGAGGGAAGCAAGGACUGUUCCCCAACAACUAUGUGACCAAGAUAUAACAGAAUACAAAGAGGUUUUGUUAAAUGAAGGAUAGCAUGACACUACCAAUAAUUGAAAAAUAGGAU